AGUUCUAGACUACCCUAGGCUACAUGAAAUUCUGUAUCAAAAUAGAGAGAGAGAAAAAGAGUGAUAUUUCUCUUCAAGUUGAAAUCUGUAGAUUUCAAGUGAAUGUUGGAGACCUGGUUUCACUUGCAAUUAGAAAUACGAAGUCAUGAGAAGUUACAGACCAAAGAGGAACAUAAGCUUUGCAAUACAACUUUAUUUGAGAAGCAAUUGCAAUGAGAAUCAAUACAAAAACAAUCUUUAUUGCACAAGCAGAUAUAUGAUGUCAAAUUAUCCAUUUCAGGGCCAACGGGUGGUUUUGUAGGCACCUGCACUUGCUGCCUGACAACCAGAGUUAGAUCCCCAGAACUCACAUUUAAAAGAAAAGAAUUACCUCAUGCAGGCUGUCCUCUGACCUCCACAUGCAUACUGUGGCACACACAUGCCUGUGCUUGUACACACACACACACACACACACACACACACACACACACACAUGCACACACACUCACACAAAUAAGUACACUAUUUUAAGUAUCCAUUUCACCUGUGAAAUUCCAUAAGCAUGACAGGAAAUUCAAGGUACUCAUGGAACAUGUAAAAUUUAUAUAAUUCACUAUGUAUACUAGUAUUUCCACACACAUUUCAAAGUGACUCAUAUAGUAGUGAACUUAGACAUAAAUCAAUAAUAACCUAGUCACAUGUACUUCAGAGUUUAUACCUUAAAGGAGAGACAUUUGGUAUCACUAGUCUUGGUUCUCAUUUAGAAGACAUGGUAAUACUUCAGAGGCCAAGACUGGGGAGAGGGCAAGGGGUGACAUUAGGGCAAGGUCCUGUCGUGGAUUGCCUUCCAGAUAAAUCCUACUCACUUAAGCAAUGCUUGGGACUACACCAUGGCAUCAUAUUCCCACCUCUGUCCAUGGCAGGGUUUCCGGGAGAGAUAAAGCUCUGUCAGGAGGGAGUCACAGAAGGCCACACAGGAAAACUGGGGUAUACUUGAGGGCAGGGCACUCACCUGGAAUGGCCACUGUCUGCCUCCUGCCUCUCCCUCUCUUUCUCUAUUAUGACUUUCCUAUAGGAUCUAACCAUUCAAUACCUAUGCUAGGGCUGAGAAUCCACAGCCUAUGGGUACCUACAUUUAAUUGUAGCAUUCUUCACUAGUCCAUCUCUCCACUCUUUUUUAAAAUUACUCUUCUCUAACUGAAAGUCACUGGAUAUACAAAUUACAUUUAUUUUUAAAUUUAUUUACUUUCAUGUAUAUAACUACACUGUCACUCUCUUCAGACACACCAGAAGAGAACACUGGAUCCCAUUACAGAUGGUUGUGAGCCACUAUGUGAUUGCCAGGAAUUGAACUCAGGACCUCUGGAAGAGCACUCAGUGCUCGUAACCGCCAAGCCAUCUCUCCAGCCCCAGUCCAUAUCUCUUUUUCAGUGAAACUGUUUCUCCCUUUUCUGGAAAGAAGGAUCUGGGAGAAAAGAGAGGGUGCAGCCUCAUGGCCGGUAUUCUUAAAACAUGAAAAGUGUUGUCUGAGAUACCUAACCACGAUCCUGGCCCUUGCAUUCCUGACUCCUAGGUAUUAGGAAAAGAAGGGUUUUACCCAAAGAUCACCACCCACCCACAAGCAGCUCAGGAUUUUGCUUCACUCAGAUCUUUUGACUGGGAUGGGCCUCAGUGGGGCAGAAUAUCCAUUUGUAUUGUAAGCCUGAGGCUACUUGUCCAAGAACCUAGAGGUUUGCCUCUUAGUGGUCCCACACUGUGCAACAAAACAAGCAGCUCUGCUUUCACCAGGAGGGUGCCCUAAGACAGACAAAUGCCUCCACGGUUACAGCCAAACUGAUACCCAAGAACCAAAAUAGCAGUCAGAUGACCACCAGGGCCAGUUUACCACUUUCUGUCCUGAGCCCAGAAGCAGCAGCAGCUAAAAAUAGCCACAAACUCCACAGGCUUUGGGAGGAACCGCACGGACAGCACCAUUCUGACACGAUGAGGUCGCUUCGUUUCAUUUCGGCUAAAGCUUUAGCGUCCCACCCCCAGCUGGUCCAGGAGAACCUGGAUAGCAUAGCCUACAACCUCUACCCACUUCUGUUCAAGACCAGUUACCUGCUAGAACAGGCGGACAUAACCCGUGCUCUGCUGAGUCACUGGCCGCUAGAGGAGUUCCGGCUGGCUGUGCUACUAGGGCCAAACAUUGACCACCCGGAAGACCUGCGUGAUCGUGCCUGCAAGGCCUGCCUGGAGGCCUGUAUGCAGGGCAUAGCUGACCAUGUGCUGAGAAGUGGGAGCAACCGCCUUCGGGUAGCGGAUUUCACCGGCAUCCAGGAUGUACAGGCGUUCGAUGCUCCUCCAACCUGUGCUCCAGAUCCAGAGGGUGAGGAUCUCCUCCUUACCUCUAUUGCCUGGGAGCUCAGCCAGAUGAACCAGCUCACUGAGCUAAGUGUAGCUUUCUCUACACUGACUGGGAAGAUCCAAACAUUGCUUAGCCCCCUGAAGACCCCACUAAGAGUGCUGGACCUAGCCAACUGUGCCCUUAAUCAUGAAGACAUAUCCUUCUUAGCAAACUGUAACCACACUGCCCACUUGGAGGUGCUGGACCUUAGUGGACACAACCUGGUACACUUGUACCCUUCUACCUUCUUCAGGCUGCUGAGCCAGGCUGCCCAAACGCUGAAAGUUCUCACCUUAGAGGACUGCAACAUCACGGACAGCCAUGUUAACAUGAUGAUUCUGGGCCUCAGCCCUUGCAGCCAGCUCCAGCAGUUCAAGUUCCUUGGGAACCCACUAUCAGGCAGUGCUCUCCGGCGCCUUUUUGCUGCACUCUGCGAACUCCCUAGGCUGCGCCACAUUGAGUUCCCAGUGCCAAAGGACUGCUACCCUGAGGGUGCUAUCUACCCCCAGGAUGAGCUGUCAGUGUCCAAAUUCGACCAACAAAAAUAUGACAUGAUUGCAGAGGAUCUGCAAGCAGUACUGCUUCGAGCUAACCGGGAGGAUAUUCAGGCCUCCACCCCACUUUUUGGAAGUUUUGAUCCAGACAUUCAUGAAACCAGCAAUGAACUUGGUACUUUCUUGCUGCAAGCUUUCAAAACUGCUUUGGAAAACUUUUCCAGAGCGCUAGAACAAAUGGAGUAGGUCCUGGAAUCAUGGUACACGAGGCUAUGCAUUUCUAGUACCGAGGUCAGUCCUGGACGAGAAGAUCAGGCUCAACCAUUUGUCACCAGCAGCAACACUGCCACAAGAUUUCCUUAGAGAAAACUGCAGGCAUGCUCAUUACAUGCUGUAAGAGGAAGCCCAGCUAUAUGAAUGAGACCUGAGGUGCUCCUGUGUGUUAGUAGCACAAGAUCCUCAAAGAGAGGGGAAGCCACCUCAAGCUAAGAUAAGGUGGAGGAGAAUGUGAGCACCAGGCAGGGUGUAGUGGGAGCAGGGUCAACCACCCAGCUCUCAUGCUAUGAGAGGGAGAAAUGAGAAAGUUUAGCUAUGCUCUAUGUGCUGUACAUUUUAUCAAAUGACAUCUGCCUACACAUUUGGCUUCGUUUCCAACCGAAACAGACUUGCACCAUUUUUUUGGCUACUGAGGACACUAGUCACUGCAAUAUGCCCAAUGCUUCUUGGCAUAUUCUGGUCCCGUCUUCUGCUCAGAGUUCAAACCCUAAGACAGGCAUUUCCAACCUGCACAGUAUAUGCAGCCACAUGUGACAGAGGACAGCUAUGAAUGUGGCCCAUUGCAAAGCUGUAAACUUACUGAAGACAUUGAGAUGAGCUUUUGAAAUCUGUUGUGACUCAAUUAUACAGUUUUGAAGCAUGAACUCUGUAGACGAUAACAGAUCUAUAAAGCACCCAAAUCAGUGCUUCUCAGAAUAGCUGAGGCCUGGCCCUUUGCAACUCCUUUGAGAAAUAAAGUACUACACAAAAAGA